CUUGAGAAUCCUCCAGUUUGAGAAUUGUCUCAAGAAAUUUCAAGCACAAUUGCAGGAAAAUAGGAGGAUGGGUGUGUGAUUGACAUGGUGGCUACUCCAGGCAGCGUUCACAACUGAUUUAUCCCCUUGUAUCCUCCGGGCAACCUCAGCAGGACCUGGACAGGGUGCGAGAGGCUAGUCCUCGGGCUCCCAGGGUCAUGGCAUCUACACUGUUGGGUGGCGGUGACCCGACUCGGCCGAGGUACGACCUGGACUUCUCGGAAGCCAUCAACCAGAGCAUGCAGGUCCCUGCCCGGCUUAAGGUGGCGGGGGGUCCGGGCCUGGAGGACCCCCAGGAGACAGCUGGAGACCUACCCCCGUCCUUCCACAUGCACAUCCCCGACAGGAUCUCCGUGGCAGAGGCGACUGAAGGCAGCCUGCGGCCCCUCUUCCGACAGAACUCUGGCUCCACAUUUACCUCUGUGCCGGUUGACGUUUCGGGGGGGUUGACGACCCUCGUCAGAGCUGGGACUACAGUGUCCAGGAGCGUGGUCCCCCUGGGCCCAGCAGGCCGACUUCAGAGGGAACGGGCUCCUGGUGAGGACUCCCGGCUUUCCCUCCAAAGAGCGAAGAUUGGCCAUGAUCGGCCAAAGAGGGGCAGCAGCCCUGCCCCUGUCUGCCCUCCCUUCAUGCAGGGGAACAGGAUCUUCUGCCUGCAGAACGUCUUCCAGGCAGUGUGGUUCCUGGGCAGCCUCCUCUCUCACCGUCUUCAGGCAUCUCUCAUGCCCCAGGCCCAACCCAGUUCUCAGGAUCUGGGCCCAGCCCUGGAGGCCUCCUUGGAGGACAUGGGUGGGUCAGAGAUCAUGGCAAUGAAAAAACAGCUGUACAAGAUCUCUAGGAGACUGCAGUCUCUGGAGGAGCAGUGCAGUGGCUGGCGGCAGAAGGAACUCCUGCUCUACUCCAUGCUGGUCUCUGCCUGUGUCGUUAACACGUGGCUUUGGAUGAGGAGAUAGACAGUGGCUGCUCCCCCCGUCUCCCCUCCCACUUCAACACUUCUCCCUGCCCCAGAAGAACACACGGGUCAAGAUUUGGGGACAAUGCUUUUCAUGUACUUUUGCCUCAAACACUGAAACUAGAUCAAUCCCCAGACUGACGACUCCAGGAAGUCACCUCCCCCAUGGCCUUUUUCUGGGUGACCUAAAAUGUAAGGGAGGGAGGGGUGCCACACUGCAUCCUACGCAAGGGGAUGUGGAGGGGAUUGAAGAGGGCAAGGGAAGGAGGCGUACUUAUUACCAUGACAACUGGGAUCCUGAAAAUAUUUGUCCGUCAUGCCAAUAUACCUCUGUCCCUCUGAGCCAGAACUGGUCAGAUUGCUUAGGUUAAGGACUUUGCCCUUGUAGUUUCAAGGGCGAGCUCCGGUUAGGCAGGGACAAAGUUAGAAAACGGUGUGGAUGUUGGUGUUGAAAGAGAGUUGUGGUGGUGGCAAUGGAGGGUUAUGGAAUAGGGGCCCAGGGCGUUUUGCUUGCAGGAGGACAGCCAAGUAGUUGUUUAGGGAGGGUGUCUGCUGACCCAUAGCCUCCCCAACACAUGUUCUUUUGCGUGAAGAGGUAAGUGCUGCCCUUGGCUGGUCCAUCUGAAGCAAGCCACAUUGGAGGAGCGGAAUCCUUGGCGUUUCAUUCCUAAAAGCAUUCUAGGAUCCUACGGGCUGACAACGUGUGACUGCUCUGAGGGUUAUGGAACCCUCUGCCUAGAAAUGGGGUUGGAAUUUGGACCUCAAGGGGGAUUUUUGGAGGAACCUCAUGGAACUGAGGAACUGGGCCAACUUGAUUCUUCUCUGUGUGUUGCUCCAAAAUGCUUUUCACAUCGUUCUCUGUGAUUUUCCUUUGACCACUGAAUCCCCAAAGGAUUCAGGCCAAAUAUUCUGCCUCAUGAUUGGGUGAAAACAGUCAUGUAAUGAGCCAAGGCCUAUCUAUUGUUUACCUGUUCUACUGCAGACCCUUGAUAUCAAGGUUUAGAAUGAAGAAUUGAUAGAGGAACCUAUUCACUGAUGUAAGUCCCUGCGUCUUGAUUGGCUCCUAACUAUACAACCAUGGAAUGCCUUCUUCCACUAUUGAGAAUUCUCCUUGUAAGUCUCUGCUUCUUGAUUGGCUCACAGAGGACAUGAACAGUGUUUUGUUUACCUUCCUUCAUCUCCACUCUAGAAUAUUUAAUUGGGCUAUAGGGUUUACAUGUAAGGAACUAGUGACUUUCAAAUCGCAUGCAAUAAUAAUGAUAUUGUUAUUGAUCAUGAAUUAAUCAAGGUGAUAGGAAGACUUUGCACUUUACAAACUUUCCUCUUUAACGAUCAGGCUUCUUGAGGACCACACAAACAUUUUCCCCUUUUUCUCUGUGUGUCGGUCCAAAAUGCUUUUCACAUGGUUCUCUGUGAUUUUUCCGUGACCACUGAAUCCCCAAAAGAUGCAGGCCAAAUAUUUUGCCCCAUGAUUGUAUGAAAGUAGUCAUAAAGUACCACUACCAUGCACAAGCCCACUAGUAUGACAGAGGUAGAUUAAAACCUCAAAUAUUGAAUUUGAUGCUCGGAUGUCUGUUUCAUCCUCCCUCUCUUCCCAUCCAUCAAGAUUGAUUUUGGCAGAAGUCAAUAUCUCUAUAUUGUUCAGCCAGUAAUGAAAUUAUCUUGUGUAUGUUGUGUGUGUGUGUGUAUGAAAAUCUGCUCUCAUCUUGAGUAUUGCUAGAGAUUGAUUUGUUUGUUUUCUGAUGGUUCCCUGCUAGCACAUAACUGAAGACAUUUCCCGUGAGGAUUUGGGAGUGAAUAGUUAUCCCAUUUAUAAAAAAUGAAUUGGUUUGCCUGGUAAGAGCGGGAGGUCAGCUACUGAAUACACAACCACUAAUUACUGGCCAAUUUCCACUGCAAGUAUCAAUCUGUCAUAUUGUAUUUUGUACAAGGCUCAUGCCCUGGGGAAUCUGUUUUCACAAACAUUGAGAUAUCAAUAAAUACAAAGGAAAUAUACCAGAAACAU